AAAGUAAAUGAUGUCAUCAGAAGGCGCCAUUUGAACUCUGCGGAAUUUGUUUUGAUGGAGCUCGACGUACUGGAAAUGUGUAAACAAAAACGAAUGCGGCCACUUGAAAGAUAGUAGUCUAACGGCAAGGUAAACGAUGGACGAAAUCAACCCCCAGUACCGCUUUAUGAACUUGAGGCGGAGGAUACGGGAGGUGCGGGCCGUGCGGUACCGCGAGCGGUUCAAGAGGAUGAUGAGGGAUGGAGAAGUGCUCAGUUACCAAGGGAACUCUGAUGAAGUUGGCUGCUACGUGGCUCCAAGGCCGUUAUCCAAAGGAAACUGCUACUUUGAGGUGACCAUCAUUGACACAGGGGUGAGGGGGAUGAUUGCUGUUGGCCUGGUGCCUCAGUACUACAAGCUGGACCAUCAGCCUGGCUGGCUCCCGCACUCAGUGGCCUACCAUGCUGAUGAUGGAAAGCUGUACAGUGGGAACACUAUUGGACAGCAGUUUGGUCCCAAGUGUAAUUGUGGCGAUCGUAUUGGCUGUGGGAUCUACCUAGAAGCAUUCAAGGACGGACAAACGACGGUCUUCUUCACCAAAAAUGGAAAAGAAGUGGGCACGGUGGUGGUCCCAGCGUCUCCAGAGGCGCUCUACCCGGCCGUGGGGAUGCACUCCCUGGGGGAGGAGGUGCAGCUGGACCUGCAAGUGGAGUGGGGGAUGGAGAAGGAAGACGGCCUGAUGAUAGUGGACAGCCACGAGGACGAGUGGGGGCGUCUCCAUGACGUCAGGUUCACCGGCUCAUUGUUGGAGUACAUGGGUAAAGGGAAAAGCAUCGUGGAUGUGGGUUUGGCCCAGGCCCGUCUACCCCUCAACACACGCUGCCACUACUAUGAGCUGGAGAUCACUGAUGCAGGAGAGAAGUGCUACAUCACCCUGGGACUGGCACGCAGGGAUUACCCCAAAAACAGACACCCUGGCUGGAGCAGGGGCUCCAUAGCCUAUCAUGCAGAUGAUGGGAAGCUCUUCCAGGGUAGUGGGGUGGGGGACGCCUUUGGCCCUCGCUGUUUUGAGGGGGACGUCAUGGGCUGUGGCAUCAUGUUCCCACGGGACUACAUCCUGGACAGUGGAGAUGACAGUGACGACGGGGACUCAGAGUUGCGGCCUAAGCAGCAGCGUGUCCAGAAUGACCUCUAUAUGAACGAUGAAGACGAGGAGGAGGAUGGGGAGGAACUGGAGGGGAGGAAGGUCGUGGUGUUCUUCACACGGAAUGGGAAGGUGGUGGGCCGCAAGGAGGUGGCAGUGCCAGCAGGGGGGUUCUAUCCUACCAUCGGCAUGAUGAGCACCGGGGAAAAGGUCAGGGUGGACCUGCACCCUCUAAGCGGGUGAGAGGAGAGGGGGAGGAUGGAGGAGAGGAGUGUGGAGUGAAGAGAGUAGGGACAUGACCAGAGAGAAGUGGCUCCAACACAGACAGACACACACACCACAAACUUGGAGGUCAGGGCCAGCUGCAUAAGCGGUUAUGGCUCCAAGCCACUAG